UCCGAGGAACGGACUCAUGGGAUAGUGCUCAUACGUACGGCCAACGCUGCCGAUGUUACAUUGGCAGUAGACUUAGAUGUGUAUGUUUACCUCUCAGUAAUUUGUUAAUAAGCGGAUUUGUGUUCCCUAUCGGAUUUCUCGAUUAAUAAUAGAGAGGUUAAUAGCUCUGUUAACUGCACAUCGAACUUUAUAAGACAUUCGGCUUUUGUGAAUCAGUUGCGACUGCUUUGAAGAGAUGGCGGAUGUUACUGCAAGAAGUUUGCAGUAUGAAUACAAAGCGAAUUCCAACUUGGUCUUGCAAGCAGAUCGAUCGCUGAUUGAUCGAACUCGACGUGAUGAACCCACGGGGGAAGUGCUGUCUCUGGUUGGGAAACUGGAGGGCACCAAAAUGGGGGACAAGUCUCAGAGGACUAAGCCCCAAAUGUUGGAGGAGAGAAGAGCAAAGAGACGCAAAAGGGAUGAAGACCGACAUGACAUUAACAAGAUGAAGGGCUUCACGCUGCUGUCGGAGGGCAUCGAUGAAAUGGUGGGCAUCGUGUACAAGCCCAAGACCAAGGAGACCAGGGAGACUUAUGAAGUUCUUCUGAGCUUCAUCCAGGCAGCCCUUGGGGAUCAGCCCAGGGACAUUCUGUGUGGCGCGGCAGAUGAGGUCCUGGCGGUGCUGAAGAACGACAGGAUGCGGGACAAGGAGCGCCGGCGCGAGGUGGAGCAGCUGCUGGGCCCGGCGGACGACACCCGCUAUCACGUGCUGGUCAACCUGGGGAAGAAGAUCACAGACUACGGCGGGGACAAGGAACUGCAGAACAUGGAUGAUAACAUUGAUGAAACGUAUGGUGUGAAUGUGCAGUUUGAAUCUGAUGAGGAGGAAGGUGACGAGGACCAGUUUGGAGAGGUUCGUGACGAGGGAUCGGAUGAGGACAGUGAAGGAGUGGAGGCAGAUGUUGGCUGCACCCUCACGGCAAAUCUCGGUGCUGCAGGUGAUGUGAUGACGGCCAAGAAGAAAGACCUGCAUCCCCGUGAUAUCGAUGCGUUCUGGCUGCAGAGGCAGCUCAGCCGUUUCUAUGACGAUGCCAUCGUCUCGCAGAAGAAAGCUGACGAGGUCCUGGAGAUUCUCAAGACUGCCAGUGAUGACAGGGAGUGUGAGAAUCAGCUGGUUCUGCUGCUUGGCUUUAACACCUUUGACUUCAUAAAGAUUCUCCGGCAGCAUCGACGCAUGAUCCAGUACUGCACUAUGUUGGCUAGUGCCCAGAGUGAAGCAGAGAAGGAAAGGAUCAUGGGAAAGAUGGAGGCUGAUCAAGAUUUGUCCAAAGUACUCUACCAGUUGCAGGAGACCGAGAAGGAGGACAUAAUUCGUGAGGAGAGAUCCCGCAGGGAGAGGGUGAGGAAGUCUCGUUUGGACAAUGACCUGGAGGCCAUGGACCUAGACCACGGAGAGUCUCUGGCUCCUCGGCAGUUGCUGGAUUUAGAAGACCUGGCGUUCACUCAAGGCAGCCACUUCAUGGCCAACAAGCGCUGUCAGUUGCCCGACGGCUCCUUCCGGAAACAACGCAAAGGUUACGAGGAGGUGCAUGUUCCUGCUCUCAAGCCAAAACCUUUUGGAGACGAUGAGGUGCUGGUAGCAAUCGAGAAGCUGCCCAAAUAUGCACAAGCUGCAUUUGAAGGAUUCAAGACUCUCAAUCGCAUUCAGAGCAAACUAUUCAAAACUUCCAUGGAGACGGAUGAGAACCUCUUGGUGUGCGCUCCCACAGGGGCAGGAAAGACCAACGUUGCACUCAUGGCCAUGCUGCGGGAAAUUGGAAAGCACAUCAAUCUGGAUGGCACCAUAAAUGUGGAUGACUUCAAGAUUAUCUAUAUAGCACCCAUGCGCUCACUUGUGCAGGAAAUGGUGGGAAGCUUCAGCAAGCGUCUGGCUAGUUACGGGAUCACCGUGGCCGAGCUGACGGGAGAUCACCAGCUGUGUAAGGAGGAGAUCAAUGCCACCCAGGUGAUCGUCUGCACUCCGGAAAAGUGGGACAUCAUCACACGCAAAGGUGGGGAGCGGACCUACACCCAGCUGGUGCGCCUCAUCAUCAUCGACGAGAUUCACCUCCUGCACGAUGACCGCGGGCCCGUGCUGGAGUCCCUGGUGGCCAGAACCAUCCGGAACGUGGAGCUCACCCAGGAGGACGUGCGUCUGCUGGGCCUGAGCGCCACUCUGCCCAACUACGAGGACGUGGCGGCCUGCCUGCGGGUGGACCCCGCCCGCGGCCUCUUCUACUUCGACAACAGCUUUCGCCCUGUGCCCUUGGAGCAGACAUACGUUGGUAUCACUGAGAAGAAGGCCAUCAAGCGCUUCCAAAUUAUGAAUGAAAUUGUCUAUGAGAAGAUCAUGGAACAUGCUGGCAAGAACCAGGUUCUAGUGUUCGUACACUCCAGAAAGGAGACUGGAAAGACUGCGAGAGCUAUUCGGGACAUGUGUCUGGAGAAGGACACCCUGGGCCUCUUCCUCCGGGAGGGGUCUGCCUCCACAGAGGUCCUCAGGACUGAGGCAGAACAGUGCAAGAACCUCGAGCUGAAAGAUUUGCUGCCGUACGGUUUCGCCAUUCAUCACGCUGGGAUGACACGAGUUGACCGGACCUUGGUUGAGGACCUUUUUGCUGACCGCCACAUCCAGGUGUUGGUGUCCACAGCCACUUUGGCCUGGGGUGUGAACCUUCCAGCGCACACAGUUAUCAUUAAGGGCACGCAAGUUUACAGUCCAGAGAAGGGUCGGUGGACAGAGUUAGGAGCUCUGGACAUCUUGCAGAUGCUCGGGCGAGCCGGCCGUCCUCAGUACGAUACGAAGGGUGAGGGCAUUUUGAUCACGUCUCACGGGGAGCUCCAGUACUACCUGUCCUUGCUGAACCAGCAGCUGCCCAUUGAGAGCCAGAUGGUGGGGAAGCUGCCCGACAUGCUCAAUGCUGAGAUCGUGCUGGGCAAUGUGCAGAACGUCCAGGACGCGGUGAACUGGCUGGGCUACACCUACCUGUACGUGCGCAUGCUGCGCAACCCCACCCUGUACAGCGUGUCGCACGACGAGCGCGGCGCCGACGCCCUGCUGGAGCGGCGCAGGCUGGACCUGGUCCACACGGCCGCCAACGUGCUGGACAAGAACAGCCUCAUCAAGUACGACAAAAGAACCGGAAGCUUCCAGGUGACUGACCUUGGUAGGAUUGCCAGUCAUUUCUACAUCACGCACGACUCUGUUCAGACCUACAACCAGCUGCUGAAGCCCACUCUCAGUGAAAUCGAGCUGUUCCGAGUCUUCUCCCUCUCUUCUGAAUUCAGGAAUAUCACUGUUCGUGAGGAAGAGAAACUGGAACUACAGAAGUUGCUGGAGAGAGUUCCAAUACCUGUGAAGGAAAGCAUCGAGGAGCCCAGCGCCAAGAUUAAUGUGUUACUUCAGGCCUACAUCUCUCAGCUCAAGCUGGAGGGGUUUGCGCUGAUGGCCGACAUGGUCUACGUCACCCAGAGUGCUGGGCGUCUGAUGCGGGCGAUAUUUGAGAUUGUGCUGAGCAGAGGCUGGGCGCAGCUGACUGACAAGACCAUGAAUCUCUGCAAGAUGAUCGACAAGAGAAUGUGGCAGUCCAUGUCUCCCCUCCGUCAGUUUCGGAAGCUUCCAGAGGAAGUCAUUAAGAAAAUUGAGAAGAAGAACUUUCCGUUCGAGCGUCUCUAUGACCUCAAUCAUAAUGAAAUCGGUGAGUUGAUCCGCAUGCCUAAGAUGGGGAAGACCAUCCACAAGUAUGUGCACCAGUUUCCUAAGCUGGACCUGGCCGUUCACCUGCAGCCCAUCACUCGAUCCACGCUCAAAGUGGAACUCACCAUCACACCAGAUUUCCAAUGGGACGACAAGGUUCAUGGUUCUUCUGAGGCCUUCUGGAUCUUAGUUGAAGAUGUAGACAGCGAGGUCAUUCUCCACCAUGAGUAUUUUCUUCUCAAGGCGAAAUACGCUCAGGACGAGCACCUGGUCACCUUCUUCGUCCCCGUGUUCGAGCCGCUGCCUCCACAGUACUUCAUCCGCGUGGCGUCAGACCGAUGGCUCUCCUGUGAGACCCAGCUGCCUGUGUCGUUCCGUCACUUGAUCCUGCCGGAGAAGUACCCUCCGCCCACGGAGCUGCUGGACCUGCAGCCCCUGCCCGUCUCCGCCCUCAGGAACUCUGCCUUCGAAAGCCUUUACCAGGACAAGUUCCCCUUCUUCAACCCCAUCCAGACACAGGUGUUCAACGCUGUGUACAACAGCGAUGACAAUGUGUUUGUGGGCGCUCCCACGGGCAGCGGGAAGACCAUCUGUGCCGAGUUCGCCAUUCUGCGGAUGCUUCUGCACAACGCAGAGGGCCGCUGUGUCUACAUCACGCCCAUGGAGGCUUUGGCUGAGCAGGUGUUUGUGGACUGGCACCAGAAGUUUCAGAAUGCCCUGAAUAAGAAGGUGGUCCUGCUGACGGGGGAGACCAGCACUGAUCUGAAGCUCCUGGGGAAGGGCGACAUCAUCGUCAGCACUCCUGACAAGUGGGACAUCCUGUCUCGGCGCUGGAAACAGAGGAAGAACGUUCAGAACGUCAGCCUCUUCAUCGUGGACGAGACGCACCUCAUAGGGGGCGAGAACGGGCCCGUGCUGGAAGUGAUCUGCUCCAGGAUGCGGUACAUCUCCUCCCAGAUCGAGAGGCCCAUUCGCAUCGUGGCGCUGAGCUCGUCCCUCUCCAACGCCAAGGACGUCGCUCACUGGUUGGGCUGCAGCACCACGGCCACUUUCAACUUCCACCCCAACGUUCGGCCCGUGCCCCUGGAGAUGCACAUCCAGGGCUUCAACGUGAGUCACACUCAGACCCGGCUGCUGUCCAUGGCUAAGCCUGUGUACCACGCCGUCAUGAAGCACUCCCCCUCCAAGCCUGUCGUGGUGUUUGUGCCGUCUCGCCGGCAGACGCGUCUCACUGCCAUCGAUAUUCUGACUUUCUGUGCAGCAGACGUCGUUCCUCAGAGGUUCCUGCACUGCACUGAGAAGGACCUGGCUCCCUUCCUGGAGAAAGUGACUGAUAGCACCUUGAGAGAAACUCUCGCCAAUGGGGUGGGGUACUUGCACGAGGGCCUGUCUGCCACUGAAAGGAGAAUUGUGGAACAGCUUUUCAACUCUGGUGCCGUGCAGGUGGUGGUGGCUUCACGGUCACUCUGCUGGGGAACAAAUAUUUCUGCUCACCUGGUGGUCGUCAUGGAUACACAGUACUACAAUGGCAAGAUCCAUGCCUACGUGGAUUACCCCAUUUACGAUGUGCUCCAGAUGGUGGGUAAGGCCAAUCGCCCCCUGCUGGACGACGAAGGGCGUUGUGUCAUCAUGUGUCAGGGCUCCAAGAAGGAUUUCUUUAAGAAGUUCCUCUAUGAGCCCCUGCCAGUGGAGUCUCACCUGGACCACUGCUUGCAUGACCACUUCAAUGCGGAGAUCGUCACCAAGACCGUGGAGAACAAGCAAGAUGCAGUAGACUACCUGACCUGGACCUUCUUGUACCGCCGCAUGACCCAAAACCCCAACUACUACAACCUCCAAGGCAUGUCUCACCGGCAUCUUUCUGACCAUCUGUCCGAGCUGGUGGAAAACACACUACAUGACCUUGAGCAGUCAAAGUGCAUCAGCAUUGAAGACGAGAUGGAUGUUGCACCACUCAACCUGGGCAUGAUUGCUGCAUAUUACUACAUCAACUACACCACCAUCGAGUUGUUCAGCAUGUCCCUGAAUGCCAAGACAAAGAUCCGUGGUUUGAUUGAGAUCAUCUCCAAUGCUGCCGAAUACAAGAACAUUCCCAUCAGGCACCAUGAAGACACACUGCUCCGCCAGUUGGCCCAAAAGGUGCCGCACAAACUGAACAACCCCAAAUUCAACGACCCGCACGUGAAGACCAACCUGCUGCUGCAGGCCCACCUCUCACGCAUGCAGCUGAGCGCUGAACUGCAGUCCGACACGGAGGAAAUCCUGAGCAAGGCUGUCCGUCUGAUCCAGGCCUGUGUGGAUGUGCUGUCCAGCAACGGGUGGUUAAGCCCAGCACUGGCCGCCAUGGAGCUGGCACAGAUGGUCACGCAAGCCAUGUGGUCCAAGGACUCCUACCUCAAGCAGCUGCCCUAUUUCACCUCUGAACAUAUCAAACGUUGCACUGACAAGGGCGUCGAGAGCAUCUUUGACAUCAUGGAAAUGGAGGAUGAAGAACGCACUGGGCUGCUCCAGCUCUCUGAUGCACAGAUGGCUGAUGUGGCACGAUUCUGCAACCGCUACCCCAAUAUCGAACUGUCCUACGAGGUGGCUGAGAAGGAGGGUAUUAAGAGUGGUGGACCAGUUCUGGUUCUGGUGCAGCUGGAGAGAGAAGAGGAAGUGACGGGCCCCGUAAUCGCUCCUCUGUUUCCUCAGAAACGUGAGGAAGGCUGGUGGGUGGUGAUCGGAGACCCCAAAUCCAACAGUCUGAUUUCCAUUAAGAGACUCACACUGCAGCAGAAAGCCAAGGUGAAGCUGGACUUUGUGGCACCAGCACAAGGGGUUCACAAUUACACGCUGUACUUCAUGAGUGAUGCGUAUAUGGGGUGUGACCAGGAGUACAAAUUCAGCGUGGACGUGAAGGAAGCGGAGAGUGAGGGAGACAGCGACUCGGACUGAGCUGGGAAAGUUCAGCCUCUGGGUCAGGCUGGGUUUCACCGAAAAACGCUGGACUUUAGGAUGGCCCCUUUACUGUUGUUCGUCCUUCAUACCCACCAACGUUUUUGUAUUAUGUCAAACGUAUGCCUUUUCACAAAUUAAGAGAUGGGACGACCUAAAUCUCCUUCAGUACAGGUUGGAAUCUGCGCUUGAUCUGUUAUUUCGUAAGAAAAAUGUCUUUAGCAAAUUUCCCUGUGAUUUUCUCACAUUCGCAGUGGAGUUGCAGCAAGUAAAUGUGACAACUCGUUUUCCGUACAAAACCAGGCUGGAUUCUCAAUGUGAUUGGCCAAAAGGCAAAAACCUUUAAAAAGUUUAACCAGCUGUUUUUUAUUUGUUGUUCUCUGAACCACUUUGUCCUGGCAUUCUUUUAGAUUUCAUUAGGUGGGAACAUUUUUCUACAAUAUUGUAUUGGUGUUGUCAAGAUAAAAUAGAUAAUGCUUUGCUUAAGAAGAUAGAAUUGUUGUUUUCAAAGGCUACUUUAAAACAUUCAUUAUGGAAUAUAUUGUAAUAUUGUUCUGUUAUUGUCAGCUCUAAUAAAGAAUUGAAAUAAA